GAUAAGCGUAUGAAUGGAUAACAGUACUGUGUGUUUUGUUUACGUUUACGUUCGUAGUGCGGUUAGGUUGGCGUUCUCAUUCAUUAAUAAUUUUGCGUGAUUCCGUGGUCUCCUGUUCAUUCAUUAUGUGUGGAAUAUUCUGUUUCAUUUCCAAAACUAAUUCAAUAUCGUUUGGUGAAUCUUUUUUUAAACAAUGCCAGCAUUUGCUAAACAACAGAGGUCCCGAUCACGCCGGGACGGUGACCUUCGACAGCCGCGUUUUGAUGUGCGGAACCGUUUUGUGGCAACAGGGCUCGGAUAUUACAUUGCAGCCAGUCGAAUCCGAUAGAUUCGUUUUACUGUUCAAUGGAGAUUUGUUUAUUGAACGAGGAGAUUUAUCUAUAAGUGAUACACAGUGGCUGUUGGGUAAAGUUACAUCCGAGGUGGCAAAUUUGAACGAUCUUGCUGAUGUAUUUAAGCAGCUGAAAGGCCCUUUCAGCCUUAUACUGCUGGACAAAUAUUCGCGCAAGGUUUAUUUCGCAAGGGACAGCCUUGGCAGGAAUUCCCUUUUACUGGGACAGUCAAACGAGGGAUUCAUCAUCACAAGUGUUACCGGAAACACUCCGAUGGCAUUCGUUGAAAUCCCGCCCAAUGGUAUCUACCAUAUAGACUUAAACAGUGACGUUAACGGAAUCAAUCUACUGUCUUGGAAACAACCUGAAAACAGUGAUAUUAGUUCACUAACCGUCGAGCAACAAUUCCUCGAUCUUUCGUGGAUGGCAAAGGACCGACUGCAUAAUUAUUUCAAUUAUCAUCAAGUAUUGAGUAGUCAAUCUCUAGCUGAAGACGAAACAUAUGAUUAUCUUUUGAACAAUACCACCAUUUCAAGUCUUUGUGACCAACUAUUGAAAAUUUUGGCAGAAUCCGUUCAUGAACGAAUCUCCAAUACACCGAAUCAUUGCAAACAAUGCGUCUCUUCCAAAGCUUCUUGCACACAUCCCAGAGUUGGUGUGCUGUUUUCCGGUGGAAUCGAUUGUACCAUUGUGGCACUGUUGGCGGACCGGUUUGUGCCCCCAGACGUUCCCAUCUGCCUGCUAAAUGUGGCGUUUGAGAAGAUUAUUCGCCCUGGAAAUCCAAAAUUCAGGAAGAAUGGCAGCGAAGCCAGCGCAGAAAUAGAUUGGGAUGUGCCCGAUCGACUGACGGGGCGCAGUACUUGGAAGGAACUUCAACAGUUGAGACCUAGUCGAGAAUGGCAUUUUGUGGAAAUAAAUGUCACUCGCAAGGAACUGCAGAACUAUAAAGACCGAAUAUCCGACCUGGUCUUCCCACUCAAAUCUGUGUUGGACGAAUCAUUGGGGGCCGCAUUAUGGUUUGCAUCACGCGGCGAAGGUUUGGUGGAGAACAGUGAAUAUAAGAGUACAUGCAGGGUAAUGUUAAUAGGUUCUGGAGCGGAUGAACUGUUUGGUGGAUAUUCACGACACCGUGUAGCAUUCUACCGAGCUAUUACUUCAAAAAGCGCGCAACCUAGCGAAGAUGAAAUACGAGCAGGUUUUAGCCAUUUAAUGGUGGAACUAGAUUUGGAUUGGAACCGGCUGCCUAGUCGAAACCUUGCUAGGGACGAUAGAAUCAUUGGAGACCAUGGUGUCACACCAAGAACGCCGUAUCUACAGGAGGAUUUUAUUUCAGUAGUACAAAGUUUGAAGGCUGAACAAAGGUGCUAUCACCCCCUAGGGGAAGGUAUUGGCGAUAAAUUGACGCUCAGAUUGUGUGGUUACAAACUAGGGCUACGAAUGUCAGCUAAACUUCGGAAGCGGGCGCUGCAAUUCGGCUCCAGAAUAGCAGACAGAAAGCAAAAUGCUAACGACAGUUCCAAUUUCCUUAGUUCAUGAUAAAUUGGGUACUGCAAACCUAUUACGGAAGUGAUAUGCAAAAUAAAUGUUCAAGUCUUUGA